ACCACAAAAAAAAACCAAAAAGAAAACCGUUGGCAGUUAGUUAGGUAGAACUAGAAGGCUAUAGCUUGUAACUAACAAACAAACAACACCUAAGAUUCUAAUUCUAAUUCCAAUUCUAAUUCUUAUAAUCACAAGUCACAACUACAAGUCUUCUCUAUCUUGUUCUUGUUCUUCAAUCUAUUAUUUUUCUUCCCCCAACAUAUAAUCAAGGCCUUAUAUUGUUAACAAAUAAUUAAUCAAGAAAAAUCUCAAUCUCCAUGCAGAGAUCACUAUGGUUACCAAUUUCCAACCCCUUAAUGGAUCAUCCAAUUCCAACCCAAUCUUACUCUUUUGGAUGGCAAGACACUUGGGCUUUCCUUCUUGCUGCUCUCUCCAUUUAUUUUUGUGUUUCAGCUAGUAUAUUAUAUGGAUUUUAUGGAGAUUCUCGUUUGAUUCUUGGUCCUAGUUCAUCACGUUUGAUAAAAACAAGUUCACUUUUUGUUCAACAAAUUGAAGUCAUAAAUAACUAUACUACUACUAAUGAUGAUAUUAAUCUUUAUGCUUUCACUGAGAAACCUGAAUUAAGUUCUCAAAUUAAUUGGACUACAUCAAAGUUUUUAGUUGUUGAAGCCUAUACUCGCAAGGGAAUUUCUUUGUGGUUAAAUAAAGGCUCCAAAAUCUAUUUGAGGUGGGAAGCAGAUGCUAGUAGUUUAAGUCAACUUGAAGGAGUAGUGAUUAAAGGAGGAAGGAGGUUAGAACAACUAAAGCCUAAACAAACUACCUUUAACUUUUCAAUGCCAAUUGCUGUUAGAGAGACUGAAAAUGGUAAAGAAGCUGAAUACAUUGUUGAGGAAGAUGAUAAGUACCACAUUGGUGUUCUAAACAUGAAUGCUAGGAACAUAAUCUUGACCAUGAAUGUCAAUGUUUCUGCAAAGAUAUAUGAUACUACCAAAGCCACAAAUAUGUGCUCUACUGGGAAUGGUUCAUGCAAACUUAGCACUUUUUUCCCUAUCACAUAUUAUGUAAUUCUAACCAAACCAAAAAAUGGAAAUGAUGAUGAAGCAUGGUUUGUUGAAGUUUCUUUUAUGUCUCGUGUUUUUUCUUACAUAAUUCUCUUAGGAAUUUUCAUGAUUGUGAUUUUUUUGAUAUUGAAAUGCCUUGGAGCUGAUGAUAAUCACAAUGAAGUUGAAGCUCAAGGAGUGACUGAAACACAACCUCUAAUGCAGACAAAUCCAAUAUCAUAUGGAACAUAUAAAUUUCAUGAUAAGAAAGAAGAAGAAUCAGAUGCAUCAAGUAGCUCUUCAGAGGAAUUGUAUAAUGAAAAAUUGUGUAUAAUUUGUUAUGAUGAACAACGAAACUGUUUCUUUGUUCCUUGUGGUCAUUGUGCCACUUGCUAUGACUGUGCACAAAGGAUUAUGGAUGGGGAUAGCAAAGUUUGUCCCGUAUGCCGGAGACUUAUUCAUAAAGUAAGAAGAUUAUUCAAUAGUUAGUCUGAAAGAUCUAAGUACUUGCGGUCUGCGACAACAACUGUUUGAUAUAAAAGUUUUAGAGUUCUUUACAACGGCGUCGUAGUUGCAAUUUUAGUCACAUUGGACGCAUUUUGCUGUAUUUGCUAUUUGGAACUAUGGUUAGGCUUAGAAAUGCCAGAUUGAUGUAUGAAGAUGACAUGUAUUCAAUAGUUAGAUACUUAGAUUAUGAUUUUGACAUUGAGUUUAUUUUUAUUCAUGGCAGUAAUACAUAAUUACAUAUGAGUGAUAUAUGACAAUAUCUCAUGACUUCUAAACUUGAAAGGUUAGUGUUAGAAAAUUCUCUGUUUUGACAGUACAAUUAGCACAUCAUUUUAGAA